GGUCCUACGAUUGAAUGCGGAAGCAGGCGGAAGUCGAAGAGCAGGAAAACCAAAUCGGCUGGCAGAAUUGUGGAAACCAAUAUUUUCAAUAAGACUUUCUUUAUAAAUUCCAUAUUGCCUAUAAACAUUAUUUCAGGUCAUCAUGAUUUUAUUGGAAAUCAACAAUCGGAUCAUUGAGGAAACUCUAACGCUUAAAUUCGACAGCGCGAGCAACGGGAACAAGCCUGAAGCAGUAGAAGUUACAUUUGCUGAUUUUGACGGUGUGAUCUACCACAUCUCUAACCCUAAUGGAGACAAAACAAAAAUAAUGGUCAGCAUCUCUCUCAAGUUCUACAAGGAGCUUCAGGAACAUGGUGCUGAUGAGUUGCUGAAACGUGUCUAUGGCAAUUACCUUGUGGCACCAGAAGACGGCUACAAUAUUUCUUUGCUCUUCGACCUGGACAAUCUUCCACCCAACAAAGAGGAGAUAAUCCACCAGGCAGGCAUUUUGAAGAGGAACUGCUUUGCCUCCGUCUUCGAGAAGUAUUUUAAUUUUCAGGAAGAAGGCCGUGAAGGAGAGAAAAGGGCUGUGGUUCAUUACAGAGAUGAUGAGUCCAUGUAUAUCGAGGCUAAGAAAGACAGAGUAACCGUUGUGUUCAGCACAGUGUUCAAGGAUGACGAUGAUGUCAUCAUCGGGAAAGUGUUCAUGCAGGAGUUUAAGGAGGGGAGAAGGGCCAGUCACACGGCUCCUCAGGUGCUUUUCAGCCACAGGGAGCCUCCUCUAGAGCUGAAAGAUACUGAUGCUGCAGUGGGAGACAAUAUUGGAUACAUCACUUUUGUGCUGUUUCCCCGACACACCAACGCAAACACCAGAGACAACACCAUCAACCUCAUCCACACCUUCCGGGACUAUCUGCACUACCACAUUAAGUGCUCUAAGGCCUACAUUCACACUCGCAUGAGAGCCAAGACCUCCGACUUCCUCAAGGUACUGAACCGAGCUCGCCCUGAUGCUGAGAAGAAAGAGAUGAAAACUAUUACGGGAAAGACCUUCUCACGUUAAGGAUGUGAUCACGGUCAGACCACAUGAUCUCACAAGACCACGCCGAGACACCCGUGGCCUUUUUAUACACCUCUGGCCAGUGAUCUCUUCAUCAUCCACCUGUUAUUUGCACCUCAACGGGGGGACUAAAGAAAUUCCUCGCUUGGCAUUUAUAGCAUAAAUAUUAUAUGUUGGAAAAACGAUUUUUGAUACGCUCUUGUGUUUUAUUGCAUAGGACUCUGACAGCGUUUUAUUGACAUAGUCAUGCAGUAUUUUCCUCUUCCUCUUUUGCCUUGUUUGUGUCGCCAAAUGCAUCAAUAUUUGACAACAUGAAAUAAACCAGUCCUCUAUACAA